AUGAGGAUCCCUGUGGGCGUGGAUGUCCCAUUCAUGUGCAGAAAGAAUGCAAAGCUUCGCCCAAAUUUCUGCUCCUUACGCUGUGGACUGGCUGUGGUCAUGCACCUCUCAAACCUCACCAUGAUCACCCAGCGGGUGAGCCUGAGCAUCGCCAUCAUCGCCAUGGUCAACAGCACCCGGCAGCCUGCCCUGCUCAACGCCUCCGCGGAUGAGCCCCUUGUAGACGCCCUGAGGGACUCCAGCAGAUCCAUCAAGGAAUUCAACACAGAGACCUCUGUAUACGAAUGGAGCCCCGAAACCCAGGGCAUCAUCUUCAGCUCCAUCAGCUACGGGAUUAUACUGACCCUGAUCCCCAGCGGGUAUCUGGCUGGGAUAUUUGGUGCGAAGCACAUGCUGGGGGCCGGUUUGCUCGCCUCCUCCCUUCUCACGCUCUUCACGCCGCUGGCUGCUGACCUGGGAGUGAGCUUGGUGAUUGUGAUUCGCACGGCCCAGGGCAUGGCCCAGGGGAUGGCAUGGACGGGGCAGUUUACCAUCUGGGCCAAAUGGGCUCCCCCGCUCGAACGCAGCAAGCUCACCAGCAUCGCCGGCUCCGGAGCAGCGUUCGGAUCCUUUCUCAUCCUCUGUGUGGGGGGGCUCAUCUCGCAGGCCCUGGGCUGGCCCUUCAUCUUCUACAUAUUCGGUAGCAUUGGCUGCAUGUGCUGUGUCCUGUGGUUCACGGUCAUUUACGACGACCCCGCUCACCACCCCUGCAUAAGCCUCAGGGAAAGGGAGCACAUCCUGUCCUCACUGGCCCAGCAGCCCACUUCUCGAAGACGAUCCGUCCCCAUAAAGGCUAUGGUCAGAUGCCUGCCUCUGUGGGCCAUUUUCACAGGGUUUUUCAGCCAUUUCUGGUUAUGCACCAUCAUUGUGACGUACCUGCCGACAUACAUCAGCUCUGUGCUCCACGUCAACAUCAGAGAGAGCGGGGUCCUGUCCUCCCUGCCCUACGUUGCUGCCUCGACGUGCACGAUUCUCGGAGGGCAGCUGGCCGACUUCCUCCUGUCCAGGAAUCUUCUCAGGCUGAUCACCGUGCGAAAACUCUUCUCGUCCCUGGGGCUGCUGCUCCCCUCGCUCUGUGCCGUGGCCCUGCCCUUCGUGGCUUCCAGCUACCUGACAACCAUUGUUCUGCUGAUACUCAUUCCUGGGACCAGCAACCUGUGCGACUCGGGGUUCAUCAUCAACACCUUAGACGUGGCCCCCAGGUACGCGAGCUUCCUCAUGGGCAUCUCUCGGGGAUUCGGGCUCGUCGCGGGGAUCAUCUCCUCCACGGCCACCGGAUUCCUCAUCAGCCAGGAUUCUGUGUCCGGGUGGAGGAAUGUCUUUUUCCUGUCUGCCGCUGUCAACAUGUUUGGCCUGGUGUUUUACCUCACGUUUGGACAAGCAGAGAUCCAGGACUGGGCCAAGGAGAGGACCCUCACCCGCCUCUGA